CACAGGAAAUCAUUGAACAUGUUGAUCAGUUGUUUUUACUGUCAGAACCUUGUUGUCAGGGAUUCUGUAAUAGAAAUAAUGGAAAAAAAAAAUUGCCCCUUUACUGACACACUUGUGACUGAGAUAGUCCAGGCAGUGUCGGAGAGUAAUGUUUUGCAUAAGUCAGUUACAGCUGAAGGACACCUUUCAACUGCCAAAAGGAGGAAAACAUAUUAUGAAGAAAAGUUUCCACUUAUUAGGCCUGUCGAAUACCUGAUUGAGUCGUCACAGCAUACCUUUAUGUAUGUACCUAUUCUCAGUACUUUGCAACAGUUGUUAAAAAAAACGGAUGUACUUGAGAAAGUCAAAGAAACCCCUUCUAAGUUGCCUGGACAGUAUUUGUCACACUGUGAUGGCUCCUACUGCCAGGAAAAUGCGCUUCUCUCAGAUGAGGGUCAGAAAUUCACAUUAAUUCUUUAUGUUGAUGAUUUUGAAAUCGCAAACCCCCUAGGAACAUCACGAAAAAUACACAAAGUAUGCGCAGUUUAUUGGACAUUAGCUAACCUGCCAGCAAAGUACCGUUCAGCUCUCCAUUCAAUUCAACUUGCCCUUUUGUGCAAUUCUAAUGAUGUGCGGGAAUUUGGAUUUUCAAAAGUCUUUGCACCCCUCUUAAAGGACCUAAGAACUCUUGAAGAGGUGGGCGUCUAUAUCGAGGCCUUUGGUGACUGUGUCAAAGGAACAGUCUUCUCAGUUGCAGCUGAUAACCUUGCUGCCCAUGCGCUAGCUGGCUUCAAUGAGUUUCAGGUCGACAUAUUUCUGUCGAUUUUGUCUUACUACUCAGACUGAAAUGCAAGUAUCUGAUGCAGUCACUGGUGUUAACCUGAGAACCAAAGAUCUGCAUGACAGCCUUGUUCAAGAAAUUCAGAAAGGUGACGCUGAACAGUGUUAUGGGGUAAAACGCAGUUGUGUUCUCUCUGACCAUCUCAAAUAUUUCCAUCCUCUCACAGGAUUUCCACCUGAUGUCCUGCAUGACUUGUUUGAAGGUGUGGUUCCUGUUGAGUUGGCACAUUGUUUGAAAAGCAUGAUUGCAGAAAAAUAUUUCACUUUGGAGGAGCUGAAUAGAGCAAUAUUGUUUUUUCCUUAUCAACAUUCUGAUAAGGUUGACCGCCCUCACCCAAUUCCUCAAACUUUUGUCAGUCGAGGAACAAUUGGUGGGAAUGGACAUGAGAAUCACACUCUCCUCAGGCUGCUUCCUCUUCUCAUUGGCUCCAGAGUCCCAGAAGGAGACAAAUCCUAAUGGACUUAAAAGAUAUUGUGGAACUGGCUGUGUCUCAUAGCUUUACUGACGAAACUAUUCAGUACAUGGCUUGCAAGAUUUUAGAUCACAGGCAGUUGCUACAAGAAGUCUUGCCCAGUUUAAGAUUAAGACCAAAGCACCAUUUUAUUGAGCAUUAUCCACAUCUCAUAAAAUGUUUUGGUCCACUGGUGCAUCUCUGGACAAUGAGAUUUGAGGGAAAGCACAAAAUCUUCAAGAAAAUUAUUCGUGACACUAAUAACUACAAAAAUGUGUUAAAAACUUUAGCAGAGAGACACCAGAGCAUGAUGGCUUUCUAUUUGUCUUCACCACGUUUUUUUAAGCCUUCAGUACAAACUUCAAAAGUUGAGUCAGUCUAUGUCGAUUCAUUGCCUGUCGUUACACAUGUGUUAAUAUCCAGCAUGACGGACAGCAGCAGUGUUUAUCGCACAAAACAGGUAACCAUUGAGGGCACAACUUUUGUGACUGGCAUGUUUGUUUGCACCGGGACACAUGCUGCCUUGCCUGAGUUUAAGGAGAUAAGAAGCAUAUUCCUAAUCCAGAAUGAUAUCUUCUUUUUACUGAAAGACUAUGACACCGAAUACACUGAGCAUCUGCGCGCGUAUAAUCUAAAAGAAAGCAAGGGCCAUACAGUGAAAUCUUUGUUCCAGUUGGCUGACCAAAUGCCACAGUUUGCCUACAAAGUCUAUGGCAAGCUAUUUAUAACAACUAAACAUCAUAUUCCAGUCACAGAGUGAUAGCCACAUCACCCCAGAGGACAUCCUCCUCUUCCCCCUGGGACCUAAGGGAGAUCUCAGACCCUUUCUAUUUCUUUUUAUCUAUUAACUCUAUUCCAACUCUAUUCCAGCUCUAUUCCAUCACCUUGACACCCAGGACAACACAUUGUAAGGUUCCUCUUACACAGUGUAAAUGGAAGAUUCUGACGUCCUCAAACUAAGGGUCGUCCUUGACGAUGUCAAUGUUGAGAGGCUGAUUUUGCCCUCUCGUCCUGAGACUAUAAAUGCCCUCAUAUCUGAGGUGAAAAACAAACUGAACCUGUCGUAUGAAUUCCGGCUUCAGUUUCAAGAUCCAGAAUUUGACAAUGGUUUAUGCAAUUUAGUAAACAUAGAGGACCUGCCAUCCAAGGCAACUAUUCAAGUAGUAAGACUCAUUGAGGCAGAUUUGUCCUCUACGAGCACGGAUGAUACCGUGUUACUGUCUGACAAUACUGUUUCACCUGAGCGUCUUUGCCGGUGGCCAGAAGUCUUCAUUGUUCCAAUAUUCUCAUAUGAGGUGGAGUAUUGUCUGAGAGAGGGCAACUCUGUACUUGAGAGAGAAGGGAGAGGUCUCCGAUUGACCAGAGAUCAAAAACACAACAUACUUGAUGUCAUGUCUGCUGAAAUCUACAAGCACAAAGCUUAUCCUAGUACAUUGCAGAUUGGCAAGGCUGCAGAGGCUUUAGUCAGUAAACACCCCUGCCUCAAAGAACAUGGUUCCAGAACUGGAUGUGAGGGUUGGAAAAACAGCCUUCGCUUUAAGAUGGGCAACUACCGGACCAAACUUUGCAGAGCUGGUAUAAAAGAUGUGGCUGUGAAUGGAGGCAAGCGUAGCAGGAUCAAUCCAGAUGGCACAGCUUCCAGGGCAAACAUCAAAAGACCAAGAAGAGGAGAAGUGAACUUCCUUCCCAAUUAUCCCUCUGGUGAAACAAAGGACACACUGGAGAUGCAGAGGCUUAACAUGGUGGAGGAGUUCAAGAAGACCACGGCUGAAAGAGACAUGCUUCUUGUCAACCAACAAAUGCAGCGUACCUUUUCACUAAGGCGUGAAGAAAUGGUAAAUUCUGCUCCUCCGAUUGAUGUACUAAGGGAUAGAUGGCCUGCACUUUUUUGUGAACCCCAGCUCUACUUGGAAUUCCAUAGGAUCACCAAUCAAAAUCUGGCACAUUCCUUUUUUUCUGAGUUGGAUAAAUACACAUCACAGCUUCUGAAAUUGUACAAAAAGAAGACGACUGGAAGAUUUGGAGAGAAGCUGCAGCAAGUUGUGACAGCAUACGAAGAACAGGACAAGAACAACAUCACUGCAGCCAGAACAGCAGCCCUUGCCGGCCUACCACUGUACCUGAAAGAGGAUUCUUCAGACAUAUUCAAGACUUGCACGGACGAGUCUGAGGUGUCCCAGGAGGAAGCUGUGGCUUUGGUGGCAGUGGUCGCUGAAGAUGAGGGGCUGACAGGAGUUCCUUUUGACCCGCAGCAUGUGUCCAUCAUCCUGGAAGGCCAGGUGGUGAUGUCUACAAGAUCAUGGACUGACUCACUUCUACAUUUGAGCUAUCCCGAAAAGCUAAGUGGCUUCUUUGAGUUCAUCCAGGUUGUCCUCCUAAAUCUUGAUGAAGGGAGAAAGCUGCUCAAACCAAAGUUGCAGGCAUUGAGAAAUGGGCUGGAGUAAAUUUAGAGAGAUCUUUGUUUUGUUUUUUAUUGUUCCUGAUAAGUGGUUCUUAAAGGGGACUUAUUAUACCACCAGGUGUGAGUGUGAUUAGCCUUACAAGCCGUUUCGAAAAUCUGCCUAAUAUGACAUCACUAGUGGGUGUGUCCACCUAGAUCUGUGCUGGAUAGAUCUAUCGACCAGCCUACCCAGUGGACUGAAGUAAACAUUGCUCAUCUAUCCAGCACAGAUCUAGGUGGACACACCCACUAAUGAUGACAUAUUAGGCCGAUUUUCGAAACGGCUUGUAAGGCUAAUCACACUCACACCUGGUGGUAUAAUAAGUCCCCUUUAAAAAUUGUGUUUUUUAAAGCAAGUGUGCAGGAAGUUUAAUUGUCUGCUCGAGUCACGCUGGCUGUACUGUUGUUGAGCCGUGUUAACAUGUUUCGAUGGACGGGACGGCCUUGAGUAUAAAGCUGUUUUGCCUAACAU